GUGCUGUAUCCGCCUACACCGCUGCUGCCUUGUUGUAGGAAGUAAAAGUCUGUCAAACAUGAGUUUUCACUACGGACAGGGCUAUCCAGGAGGAGGGAACCCACCUCCACGUGCUCCAUACGGGGGAGGCAGUGGUCCCUAUGGGCCUACCCCGUCAGCUCCAUACGGAGGUCCAUCGCAUCAACCAGGAGUUCCUCAUGGUGCUUAUGGAGCCCCUGGUCAAGGCGGGCAGUAUGGGCAUGGACCAGGAGGUGCCCCCGGUGGGUAUUAUGGGGGUUACGGGGGACAACCUCAAGGAGGACAUUAUGGACACCAUGCUCCUGCAGGUAGCAUCCCUCCUGGUGUUAACCCAGAGGCGUACCAGUGGUUCCACAGUGUGGACACAGACCGCAGUGGCUUUAUCAACCUAAAGGAGCUGAAGCAGGCACUUGUCAACUCCAACUAUACUGCUUUUAAUGACGAGACCUGCCUCAUGAUGAUCAACAUGUUUGACAAGACGCGGUCGGGUCGAAUCGACCUGUUUGGCUUUUCAGCGCUGUGGGACUUCAUACAGCGAUGGAGAGUGCUCUUUCAGCAGUACGACAGAGACCGCUCAGGCAAUAUCAGUGGCACGGAGCUACACCAAGCACUUGCUCAGAUGGGUUACAACCUGAGUCCCCAGUUUUCUGAGCACUUGGUUCAACGCUUCGCCCUGCGAGGCGCACGACCCGGCAUCCAGCUGGACCGCUUCAUCCAGGUGUGCACCCAGCUCCAGAGCAUGACGCAAGUCUUCAGAGAGAGGGACACGACCAUGACGGGCAACAUCCGACUCAACUAUGAGGAUUUCCUCUCCGGGGCCGUCACCAGGCUCAUGUGAGCCUCAUUGCUUUGGCCACUCCCUCUGUGCUGUGAAUUCACAGUAUCAUUCCAUGUUCAGGUCAUAGUUUUGCUCAGUGCUUUACCAGAAGUGCCCCUGCCUGUCAGUGUAUGUACAGUAUAUCAGCCAGAUCAAAUUAUUCCAUGGCUUGUUGCUGUAAAUAGAUAAUGCUUUAGACCAUGUACUUGAAAUAAAUCAGUGGUUAUUAUAAAGGCAGCUGAAGCCUUUACUAGAUGGCUUGACUUUCACCAGGGGGUCAGUUCAGCACGUCAUUGUGAAAGCGAUCAUUUAGAAGGCGACCGAUGUCAUAAUUUUACCACAUAUGCCUUAGUGGCAAAGUUUCUUGUUUACGUGUACCAGUAUUUGAUUAAAACUUUGAAUAGUUUACCUGAGAUACAAGAGAGUAGACUCGAUUACACAUGCCCCGAAAAACCCCACUUACCACAUAUCUGUCAUGUCUUUAUCAGUCUUUUUUAGAGAAGGUGACAGAUAAUUAGUUAAAGAAUGAAAAAAAAUACACCAGAAAGUCUCUGCAUUCAACUGACUGACAAUGAUUGUCCUGUGAAUUUGCUCACAUGCAGCAUUAAAGGGUAACUUCCGUAUUUUUCAACCAGGACAUUUUUCAUGUUUCUUGUGUGUGACUAAUGGGAGCAAGCAAGGUGGAAGGCACUCAGAUCCAGAGGGCUUUUACAGGUGCUGGAUCAAAAAAAAAAAUCAAGGCAAGAAUCAAACAAAAGAUCGGCACACUGUAUGAAAUGCUCCUAGUAACUUUUAAUUGCGCAGCAUUUUGAUGUAACAGAGAUCUUCGUAAGGCAUUUUCAAAUCAUUAUCACAAAGCAGAGCAAGCAAUAUAAAGACAAGCACAUUCAUCUCCCAGGUGAUUGUGAUCCACUUGAUUGAGAGACAAUCCACUUUCAGGCUGAGACAACCAGAUUGGACCAAUGAGAGCAGGGCUGACGGGCACACUCUGACACUCCCACACGGAGGACUGAACAUGUCUCAUGUGACCAAUGGGAACAUCAGGAGUGCUGGAGCUGGAAGCAGUGACACAGGCUGCAAUAUAACCACUUGGGGCAUUUGUGUACCAUCAAUUUACAUCCUCUUUUUGCCACUGACAGGCUCAGAUUAUUAUUAAGUGUCAAAAAGACAAUGCAAACGAUCUCUACAGAGAUAGACCUUUCUGUUAUAGACCUUUCUGAGAUAGACCAGGACGGCUUUUGUGAUUUUUAUUUUUUUUCUGUCAACUUUGAAUGAAGCAUGUUUUGCAAAGAUAGACAUACUUUUUCAUUAAAUGGAUUCUGGUUGGUUUGGCAAUGGCAAUUUUGGGUCUGUUUCCGGUUAGGGAAAAAGGAUCUCACUGUUUGACAAAAAGCUCUGUCUCUGUAGGAUUCUUUCUGUUAUGUUGUGAGACUUUUUAUUUAAUAAUCUGAGCCUGUCAGUGGAAAAACAAGCACUUUUGUUGUAAGUAAAUUGAUGGUGCACAAUUGUCUCCAGUGGUUACAUCGCAGACUUUUUCAUGCCUCUUACUCAGUACUGGCCCCAUUUCAAAAACUGUUGUUCGCAUUAGUCACCCAGACACAAAAACAUGGGAAAAUAGGGUCCAGGUUGGAAAAUACCAAAGUUACCCGUUAACAAAUUAAUAUGCCAUUAAAACUAUUUUCCAUUGAAGCUUUUAAAUGUAUGCAUAUCAAUAUUAUUCAGCAUUGAGGGUAUUUGGGCUGAGGGUAUUUCCAUGCAAUAGUUGCACAUUGUAUUUAAUAUUCCAUUAUAUUAUAGUAUGUGCAAUUAAACAAAAUGGGGCCACAUUUUAUAAUAUCAUAAUAAUGCUACUCCCACACAUAGUUGGGUGUCACUGUUUUUAAGUCAAAUGAAUCUGCCAGAUACAUGUAGUGGGCUGAAAAUAGGAUAUUUCCCCCUGAAUUGCAUUGUGUAGCAGAACAUGAAUAUAACAUGGUUGAGUGCAAGUACUCCAAAUUGCAGCUGAUGGACUCUCUUGCAGGCAGAGGCCGGCUCUCACAGAAUGGACGAAUUAAAGCAAACAUAAAACAUCGUAACAACAAGUAAUACAAGCAGACAAAUACAAAUUUAAGCUAACAUAGUUGGGUGUUAAGAAUAAAAUGAAUUUAUUUUUUGAUAAAUUGCACCCAUGUGAGCCAGUUUCAAACAUAAAUAAAAAUAUGUGACCAAAGAAUAAAGUGACCCAAAAGCAAUAAACAUGUUCCCUAUUAUGUUUGCCACUUUGUCCUCAAAAAAAUGGGAUCUAAAGUGAUUGCAGGACCACUACUUGAGGAGAUAAUACACUGAGGUUAAUGAUCUGAAAAUCAGAAAAAAAUGCCAAAAUGAUUCUUCAUGCCAAGAACAAAUAAAUGCUUUUCUAUCACA